AUGCUGAGCGCCGCGUUGGCAGGCGCGACAGUCUUUGCUGAUGACGCGCCUCGUUGCUUCCCAGCAGAUUUCAUGUUUGGGUCGGCCACCGCCUCGUACCAAGUUGAAGGCGCGUGGAACGAAGGCGGCCGCACUCCAAGUAUCUGGGACGAUUUCUGCCGCACGCACCACAAGACGAAAGUGGCGUGUGCCAACGUCGCUGACGACUUUUACCAUCGCUACCGAGACGACGUCAAGCUCAUGGUCGACACUGGGCUGCAGUCCUCGCGCUUCUCCGUCUCGUGGUCAAGGGCCAUGAACUGGAAUCCAGAGACCAAACGUAUGCAGCCAAACCCUCAGGGCCUUGCGUUCUACCACGCUCUUGUCGACGAGCUCAUCGCCAACAGCAUCGUACCGAUCUUGACGCUGUACCAUUGGGAUCUGCCGCUCGAGCUACACACGGAGCUCUCUCCUCAAGGCUGGCUGAACGCAGACAUCGUCGACCACUACGUAGAAUUCGCGACGCUUAUGUUCUACGAACUGGGAGACAAAGUGAACAUGUGGACGACAUUCAACGAGCCACUGACGUUCACUACUGCUGGCUACGCUAGCGGUGCAGGAGCUCCAGGGCUGAAAAAGUCCGACACUUUUGCAUACAUUGUGGCUCACAACGUGCUUCGUUCACAUGCAGCUGCUGUCAAAGCCUUCCGAGACUUGAAGGCGAGUACACCAUCCGCUCUCCACCAAAAGGCUCGUAUCGGCAUCACAUUGAACUCAGAUGCUGCCUAUCCGCUCGACGAGAAAAACCCAUUGGACGUCGCUGCAGCGGAAAGGAAGAUGCAGUUCGAACUGGGCUGGUUCCUCUCACCUCUGGUUACUGGAGACUAUCCGGCAAUCAUGCGGGAACGAGUGGGCGAUCGCUUGCCGAGAUUCACAACUGAGGAGACGGCGCUAUUGAAGGGAUCGUACGACCUCCACAUGCUCAACCACUACUCGUCGAAGCUCGUGACCGACUGCGGAGUGUCAUCCAAGUCCAAGUCAUCAUGCAAGAAGCUGGGCAAAGGCUGGGAACGUGACCUGGGCGUUGACAUCUCCCACUCGAACGAACUACCAGGUUCUCGUCGCUCGAGCAAAAACCGGCACGGCAAGCUCAACUGCGGUUGGUUCACGGCUUACCCACCCGGAUACCUGAAGGCGAUCAAGUGGCUACACGCUGUAGACCCGACGGCCGACAUUUUACUCACGGAGAACGGUUGGUGUGGCAACGAGGAGGUCGAGAACUUAAACCAGUUGUGGUACAUGCAGGAGUACGUCGCCCAGGUCUACAAGGGAUUGGUCGAGGACAAGAUCCCGAUCAUCGGCUACACAGCUUGGUCAUUCCUCGACAACUACGAGUGGGGGUCAUUCUCGCCUCGAUUUGGACUGUACUACGUCAACUUCUCGUCCAACACGGGCGACCAGGACGAAGUGUACGAACCGAAGUCGACGGGACUCGAGCGUAUCCCGCGUCCUGCUGCCAAGUGGUUCAGCCACGUCGCCAAGACCAGGUGCCUCAAUGGAUGGACGUACGAUCAUCCGACCACGCAAGAAAAACUGCAGAGCGUCACCGAGCAGAGCUUCUCGCGCUGGAUGCUCGGCGUCAUUGGCGUUCUCGCCGUCGUGGCCCUCGUUGCGAUGGCCGCCGUCGGCCGCAACAUCAUGGUGCAGCUCUCCUCACCCAAUGCGCGUCGUUUUCCUCGCGAGACCGACCCGCUUUUGCAAGCCAACACUAUGAUCUAG